AUGUCAGUACCAUCAUCAGUAAUAGAGAAUCAUCUUGUACCAAAGGAGAUUCCAGUUUAUCGUUUAAAUGCUCGUGAAUCAUUCAAUCUAUUAACAGAGAAAGAACAACUCUAUGCCCAUCAUAUUAGUGUUGCCUGUUGGUGGGGUUCAAAAAUUUGUCUUGGUCAAACAUCUAUUGAAAGUGGUCCAAUCUUUAAUCUCUUUCAAAAUCUUUUCUCAAUUCAAAAUUUAAAAUCAACUGUUGUUCCAAAUAUUGUUUCUGAAGAAGAAUAUUCUGAUUUAUUAUCAUAUGCUGCAACUUUUUAUGGUAAUAUGGGUAAUUACUUAAGUUUUGGUGAUAGUAAAUUUAUUCCAAGAAUUUCAAAAGAAAAAUUACAAUUAAUUAUUAAUAAAGUUAAUGAUAAUAAAGUCAAUGAAUAUUGGGGUAAAUGUAGUGAAUUAAUGUAUUCAUUAGAUAAACAAGUAAGAGAAUUGGGUAUUGAUGGUAAUGGUAUUUCAACCUAUUAUUCACCAAAUAUUACAAAGGUUGAAAUUGAAAAAGUACAAAAGUUUAUGGACUCAAAGAGCAUUUCACCAUAUAAUACUCGUUUAUUCAAAGUUUCAGAGAAUAACUAUAACCUUUUGAUUGCUAGUGCUUCAACUUCAACUCCAACUGUCUCUCAUCAAUUCGAUGGUUACACCAUUAAUAUCGUCUAUGGUGAUUGGAAUAAGAACUUAACCAAAGUAGUAGAUAAUCUUAAAUUGGCUUUACCAUACGCUGCAAAUGAAAAUCAAACAAAUAUGCUCAAGAAAUAUAUUGAUUCUUUCUAUAGUGGUUCAAUUGAUGAUCAUAAAGAUAGUCAAAGAUGGUGGAUUAAAGAUAUUUCUCCAGCUGUUGAAACUAAUAUUGGUUUCAUUGAAAGUUAUCGUGAUCCAUAUGGUGUAAGAGGUGAAUGGGAAGGUUUCGUUUCAAUGGUUAACAAAGAAAUGAGUUUGAAAUUUGGAAAAUUAACAGAUAAUGCCACUACUUUCUUAUCAAAAUUACCAUGGGACAAGAGCUUUGAAAAAGAAAAAUUCAACAAACCAGAUUUUACUUCUUUAGAAGUUUUAACAUUUGCUACAACUGGUAUUCCAGCUGGUAUUAAUUUAAGUAAUUAUGAUGAUAUUCGUCAAACUGAAGGUUUCAAGAAUGUAUCAUUAGGUAAUGUUAUUGCCGCAAGAAAGGAUGAGUAUGUUACUUUUAUCCAAGAAAGUGAUCAAAAAUUAUUCAAUGAAUUAUCAACUGAAGCAUUCGAAUUACAAGUUGGCAUUCAUGAAUUAUAUGGUCAUGGUUCAGGUAAACUUUUCACAACAGAUGCUAAUGGUAAUGUUAACUUUAAAGUUGGUGAAGUUAUUAAUCCACUUACAAACAAACCAAUUGACCCAAAGACUGAAGUAUAUAAAUUUGGUGAAACUUAUGACAGUGUUUUCAAAUCAUUGGGUUCACCAAUGGAAGAAUGUAGAGCAGAAUGUUGUGGUAUCUAUUUAUCACCAGAUGAAAAGAUUCUUGAACUCUUUGGUUUCACAGAUCCAAAGAAAGCUGAAGAUGUCUACUAUGUCAAUUGGUUGAUUAUGGCACGUGCUGGUGUCUGUGCAUUGGAAUUUUAUAGUCCACCAAGUGAAGGUGCACCAGGUAAAUGGAGACAAGCUCAUAUGCAAGCCAGAUAUUGUAUUUUAACAACAUUCUUACGUUCUGGUAUUGUCACUUUAGACAAGACUGCCGACGAUGUAAUUGUCAAACUUGAUAAAAGUAAAAUUAGAGGUAUUGGUGUUAAAGCUGUUGGUGAUUUCCUCAAUAGAUUAAUGGUUUACAAAGCAACUGCAAAUAUUGAUGCCUCAAUCAAAUUAUUCGAUGAAUAUACUCAUGUCAAUGAAGAAUUCCUCGCCAUUAGAGAUAUAGUUUUGGCUAAAAAGAAACCAAGAAAGGUAUUUGUUCAAGCUCAUACAUAUCUCAAUUCAAAUGGUAAAGUUUGUCUUCAAGAUUUUGAUGACUCAACUCAAGGUAUGAUCGAUUCAAUGAUCACCAGAUUUGGUAAAGAUGAUUCUGAUAUGUUAUAA